CAGGAUAAUAAGUAACAGUCAGCAGCAGUGGAUUUCAUACAUCACAAACCUUCAAAAAGCAUUACAUUUUUCAAGACAUGAAAAGCAUGGAGCUAAAAUGGACUCUACUUUUGGGUGUUGCUAUGGUGAUGUCAGUCAGAAUGGCUCCUCCUCUUCCUCUGAUUUUUCUGCUCAUGAUUCACGGUGUUUCUAGUGCUGAUUGGGGUGUGAGUUACAGUCCUUCACACAUCUGUGCACUAAAGAACUCAUCAGUGAUAAUGAGCUGCACUUAUACAUACCCUACUGGACAUCAGAUCAGGAAAGUGUUCUGGACAAAAGAAUUGGGUGGACAAAAGGGUGAAGAACCUCCAGAUCUGUCUGAGGACCCUGAAUACAGUCAGAGGCUUCAGUAUCUGGGAGAUAAACAGAAGAACUGCACCAUGAGACUGAAUCAUGUGACACAGAAGGAUUCACAGAAGUACUAUUUCAGAUUCAUCACUAAUAAGGACAAAGCGAUGGGCAUGACUGGAGUGACUCUUACUGUCACAGAUCUUCAGGUGGAGUCUCCUGAGAGAGUGACAGAGGGAGAUUCAGUCCGUCUGACAUGUAAAAGCAGCUGCACUCUGACUGACAGAGCAACAUUCAUCUGGUACAGAAACUCACAGCCAUUAACUGAGAGAAGAGACAGAAACAAUGAACUCCUGCUGCAGUCAGUCAGAAGAGAGGAUGCAGGCAGAUAUAGCUGUGCUGUACCUGAUGACAAUUACAUCUCUCCCGCUGUUUAUCUCAAUGUCACGUAUCCUCCACAGUACACAUUUGCAGGGGUGAGCCCAUGUUGUGAGAUAUUGGCGGGAGAUUCAGUGACUCUGAUCUGCAGCAGUGAUUCAAACCCUCCUGCAGAAAUCAGCUGGUUUAAAGGAGGAACGUUUGUAGGAUCUGGAGGAAUCUACAACAUCUCAAAGAUCAGCUCUGAUGACAGUGGAGAAUACAAGUGCAGAUCCAUCAAUGAACAUGGAGAGAAAUACUCUGAUGCGGUGACUUUAAAAAUCAUGUCUGUAGGAUGUUUGCUGAUAUUAUACAUAUCCAUUGGAGUGGGUUGUGGAGCUGUUGUUAUCAUCACGAUGGUGCUGAUUUGGGGAAGCAGGAUGAAAAAGAGAAAUGACACACUUAAAUCUCAGGUAAAGAUGAAUCAGUCCAAACAUAAUGAAAACAGACGCAAAGCUUGUGAUGAUGAGUUGAGUCAACAUGAGUAUGAGAAUGCAAUGAUUACCUUGAAUAGGCCAUAAUGUUUGGGACACAGAGCAAAAAAUUUUUUUUAAGCCUUUAUGGACAGUGGAAAUAUAACGUCUUUACAUCCCUGUUUAAACAGCAGAUUUUUCUGAUGUAAAAAUUGAAACAAAAGAAAUUUUGCAUGUUCAGUGUCAAAAUUACAAGCAAUUCCACUAAACACCAGUGACAUUUCAGAGGAAAAAAUAAAGCUAAAAGAAACUUGGAAUAAAUAUCUGCAUAAGUGUUCACCCCCCUAGACUUUACUUGGUUGAAGCACCCUGAUGUUCUUACAGCAUUCAGUUUGGAUGGGAGUCUGAAGCCAUUCUUUUGUUGAUUUAGAUGAGUGUUUUGAAACAUUGUCUUGCUGAAAGGUAAAGUUCUCUUCAUUAGCUUUUUAGCAAACGGCAGAAUAUUCUGUACCAAAAUCAUCUGAUAAAUGGGGCUAUAUACGAGCCGUAUACGUCUUGUCUCUUCCACACCAGCGUACUGUAACAGAAGAUCCGACCGAUACCACUGGAUAUCCACAAGGUCAAUCAUGGGUAUUUACCUUAUUCCUGUACCCCCAACAGCUCGUCAAGCAGAGGAUCGGCUUUGACGACUAUGGCAGAAGGGGAGACCGUUGGAGAGGUAUGUGGAGGAGUUUUUGGAGGUUUCUUAUCUGGUGAGUUGGAUGGAUGCCUCCCUCAUCGCUGUUUUUCUGAUGGGACUGGACAGGGACAUUAUUCGAUAUAGUGAACCUGCCUGUUAUUUCACUCUAGUCGAAUCUAUAAAUCUGAUUCUCCUUUUAAAUGGUUCUAACUUAGAAGUAGUUGAUGUUAAAAAAGAUAAGCUUCCUCCCUGUCCAGCCCCAUCAGAGAUUCACCAGGCCUUGCCAGUUCACCACACCCCAGAACCCUGCACAAACCGCUUCAACGGUCCCGUCCAUUCCCGGAUUCCAGCCUUCGCUGAGCCCGCUCCAGUCACCGCAGAGCCUGCUCUAGACCUCCACAAGCCCGCUCCAGUACCAGAGGGGCUGUUAAUUGUAUAUGAGGGCAUGUCUUGGACUCCAUAUCCAGACCCCUCUCCGGCCUGUCACGAGCCCGCGUCAGCCCUCCACGAGCCCGCUCCAGGCUUCCAUGAGCCCGUUCCAGCCCUCACCGAGCCCGCUAAUGCCGCCACUGAGCCCGCUUCACCAGCCACCGAGCCCGCUUCACCAACCACCGGGGAAUCCCCCAAGAAAAUGUUUGGGGGGGGGGCCAAGUACCCGUGGAUGGGGAACUCCUGGGCGUGGUUUCAGGGUCGCCAGAGCCUGCCAAGGCUCCAGACCCACCAUGGCCGUCCACGGCCUCUGAUCCACUAUGGCCGUCCACGUAUCCUGACCCUCCAUGGCCUGCCACGUCUCCUGACCCUCCAUGGCCUGCCAUGUCUCCAGACCCGCCAUGGCUGCCCACGUCUCCAGACCCACCAUGGCCGCCCACGUCUCCAGACCGGCCAUGGCCGCCCACGUCUCCAGACCCGCCAUGGCCGCCCACAUCUCCAGACCCACCAUGGCCGCCCACGUCUCCAACCCGCCAUGGCCACCCACGGCCUCCAACCCGCCAUGGCCACCUACGGCCUCCGACCCGCCAUGGCCACCCACAUCUCCAGACCCGCCAUGGCCACCCACGUCUCCAGACCCGCCAUGGCCGCCCACAUCUCCAGACCCGCCAUGGCCGUCCACGGCCUCUGACCCGCCAUGGCCGCCCACGUCUCCAGACCCGCCAUGGCUGCCUACGGCCUCUGACCCACCAUGGCUGCCUGGACCCAUGGACCCGUCCUGGAGACCUCCGUCCCUGUCCGCUCCUCUCCCUGCUCCUCUCCCUGCACCUCUCCAGGGCGCCCACCCACCCUCCCCGGUUGUUCCAUCUACGGCACGAGGCCACGCCUACUGGGAGGGGGAGGUACUGUCACAGUUCCCUUGUUUCCCGGACUCCAUUUAACAAGAUCCUCCUGUCUCCACACCUGCACUCACUUCCCUCGUCAUCUCCCCAUCAUCACGGAUUACCUGCACCUGUUCCUGAUCAUCUGCACUCCAUUUAUAACGGACUCACUCCCUUCACUCCCUGUCGGAUCUUGUUGUUGUUUAAUGUACUGUGUGUUAUCUCCUGCAUUUCUGAUUAAAGACCUUGACUUUGGA